GACGUGCACCUCAUUGCCGUCCCCUCCAUCGCCGCUGCUAGACUCCUAGCCGCCGCCUCUCAACUAGUUUUCUGUUGGGUGGAUUUUCAAAAACCCCCAAUGCGCCAAACGCCAUAGCUCGCUCGAUAGUUGACAGAAUUGAGUGAUUUGACUUGCAAAAGAACGCUCUUGGUGUCAGCUACAACGUCGUAAAAUUUCGGACUGUUUCAUCGCUUGGAUUCCGUAGCAGCAGCAGUAGAAGCAGCAGCAGCACCAGAAGGAGCAGCAGACUCAGCAGCAGCAGCAGCAGCAGCAGCAGUAGCAGCAGCAGCAGCAGCUGAAGGAGUAGCAGCAGCAGCAGCAGCAACAGCGGCAGCAGCAGCAGUGGCAGCAGCAGCAGCGGCAGCAGCAGCAACAGCAACAGCAGCAGCAGCAGAAGGAGCAGCAGCAGCAGCAGCAGCAGCAGCAGUAUCUACAGCCAUCCCCAUCCUCCCCUCCUCUUUGAGCCGCCGCGGGUCCACCCGCCGCCGCUCCCUCCCGGCCACCGCGGGUCCACCCGCCGUCGCCUUCCUCCCACUCCGUGUCACCAAUGUCAUCCUUUCCCCCUCCCGUCGACGUCUCGACCCUCGAUCAUCUCGUGCGCGCUGCCGACAACUCAGCAACCAAUUGGUAUUCCUUCGUCGGCAGCCUCCACCGCGUCCUCGGCAGUGCUUAUGUCCUGCCGUUCCGCCUCCUGGACAUCAUGCUUGGUCUCCCAGAGGGUGACCUUGGGGACCCGCCGCCUCACCCUGGCGAUCCCCCCCCUCUCAUUCCCCAUCCCGGCGAGGAACCUUCGCCCCCCAUAGUACCCGUUGGCACCAGCACUCGCGCUGCCACCGCUGAAGUUGAGCAGCUCUUCCUUACUCAGCGUCGUGAGUUCCUCGUGCUCCAUACUGAUUACCUGAUCGCGUUGGAGGAACACGAGCGGUCGGCAACCCUCCGCACCCAGCAUGCCGCUACCGCCGCCGCUUAUGCCGCUGACUCUGCGCGAUUUGCUGAGCGUCGU